UUGGUGUUGGUGUUAGUGUUAACAGAACCAGUCAUUGAUUCAGUGUUGGAGUUGGAGUUGGUGUUAACAGAACCAGUCAUUGAUUCUGUGUUGGAGUUGGUGUUGGUGUUAACAGAACCAGUCAUUGAUUCAGUGUUGGUGUUGGAGUUGGUGUUGGUGUUAACAGAACCAGUCAUUGAUUCAGUGUUGGUGUUGGUGUUGGUGUUGGUGUUAACAGAACCAGUCAUUGAUUCAGUGUUGGUGUUGGUGUUGGUGUUAACAGAACCAGUCAUAGAUUCAGUGUUGGAGUUAGUGUUGGUGUUAACAGAACCAGUCAUUGAUUCAGUGUUGGUGUUGGUGUUAACAGAACCAGUCAUUGAUUCAGUGUUGGAGUUGGUGUUGGUGUUAACAGAACCAGUCAUUGAUUCAGUGUUGGUGUUGGUGUUGGUGUUGGUGUUAACAGAACCAGUCAUUGAUUCAGUGUUGGAGUUGGUGUUGGUGUUGGUGUUAACAGAACCAGUCAUUGAUUCAGUGUUGGUGUUGGUGUUGGUGUUAACAGAACCAGUCAUUGAUUCAGUGUUGGAGUUGGUGUUGGUGUUAACAGAACCAGUCAUUGAUUCAGUGUUGGUGUUGGUGUUGGUGUUAACAGAACCAGUCAUAGAUUCAGUGUUGGUGUUAGUGUUGGUGUUAACAGAACCAGUCAUUGAUUCAGUGUUGGAGUUGGUGUUGGUGUUAACAAAACCAGUCAUUGAUUCAGUGUUGGUGUUGGUAUUGGUGUUAACAGAACCAGUCAUUGAUUCAGUGUUGGUGUUGGAGUUGGUGUUAACAGAACCAGUCAUUGAUUCAGUGUUGGAGUUGGUGUUGGUGUUAACAGAACCAGUCAUUGAUUCAGUGUUGGUGUUGGUGUUGGUGUUAACAGAACCAGUCAUUGAUUCAGUGUUGGUGUUGGUGUUGGUGUUAACAGAACCAGUCAUUGAUUCAGUGUUGGUGUUAGUGUUGGUGUUAACAGAACCAGUCAUUGAUUCAGUGUUGGAGUUGGUGUUGGUGUUAACAGAACCAGUCAUAGAUUCAGUGUUGGAGUUGGUGUUGGUGUUAACAGAACCAGUCAUUGAUUCAGUGUUGGUGUUGGUGUUGGUGUUAACAGAACCAGUCAUUGAUUCAGUGUUGGUGUUGGUGUUGGUGUUAACAGAACCAGUCAUUGAUUCAGUGUUGGUGUUGGUGUUGGUGUUAACAGAACCAGUCAUUGAUUCAGUGUUGGUGUUGGUGUUGGUGUUGGUGUUAACAGAACCAGUCAUUGAUUCAGUGUUGGUGUUGGUGUUGGUGUUAACAGAACCAGUCAUUGAUUCAGUGUUGGUGUUGGUGUUGGUGUUGGUGUUAACAGAACCAGUCAUUGAUUCAGUGUUGGUGUUGGUGUUGGUGUUAACAGAACCAGUCAUUGAUUCAGUGUUGGAGUUGGUGUUGGUGUUGGUGUUAACAGAACCAGUCAUUGAUUCAGUGUUGGAGUUGGUGUUGGUGUUAACAGAACCAGUCAUUGAUUCAGUGUUGGUGUUAGUGUUGGUGUUAACAGAACCAGUCAUUGAUUCAGUGUUGGUGUUGGUGUUGGUGUUGGUGUUAACAGAACCAGUCAUUGAUUCAGUGUUGGUGUUGGUGUUGGUGUUGGUGUUAACAGAACCAGUCAUUGAUUCAGUGUUGGUGUUGGUGUUGGUGUUGGUGUUAACAGAAUCAGUCAUUGAUUCAGUGUUGGAGUUGGUGUUGGUGUUAACAGAACCAGUCAUAGAUUUAGUGUUGGUGUUGGUAUUGGUGUUAACAGAACCAGUCAUUGAUUCAGUGUUGGAGUUGGUGUUGGUGUUAACAGAACCAGUCAUUGAUUCAGUGUUGGUGUUGGUGUUGGUGUUAACAGAACCAGUCAUUGAUUCAGUGUUGGAGUUGGUGUUGGUGUUAACAGAACCAGUCAUAGAUUCAGUGUUGGUGUUGGUGUUAGUGUUGGUGUUAACAGAACCAGUCAUAGAUUCAGUGUUGGUGUUGGUGUUGGUGUUAACAGAACCAGUCAUUGAUUCAGUGUUGGUGUUGGUGUUGGUGUUAACAGAACCAGUCAUUGAUUCAGUGUUGGAGUUGGUGUUGGUGUUAACAGAACCAGUCAUAGAUUCAGUGUUGGUGUUGGUGUUGGUGUUAACAGAACCAGUCAUUGAUUCAGUGUUGGUGUUGGUGUUGGUGUUGGUGUUAACAGAACCAGUCAUUGAUUCAGUGUUGGUGUUGGUGUUGGUGUUAACAGAACCAGUCAUUGAUUCAGUGUUGGUGUUGGUGUUGGUGUUGGUGUUGGUGUUGGUGUUAACAGAACCAGUCAUUGAUUCAGUGUUGGUGUUGGUGUUGGUGUUAACAGAACCAGUCAUUGAUUCAGUGUUGGUGUUAGUGUUGGUGUUAACAGAACCAGUCAUUGAUUCAGUGUUGGUGUUGGUGUUGGUGUUAACAGAACCAGUCAUUGAUUCAGUGUUGGUGUUAGUGUUGGUGUUAACAGAACCAGUCAUUGAUUCAGUGUUGGUGUUGGUGUUGGUGUUAACAGAACCAGUCAUUGAUUCAGUGUUGGAGUUGGUGUUGGUGUUAACAGAACCAGUCAUUGAUUCAGUGUUGGUGUUGGAGUUGGUGUUAACAGAACCAGUCAUUGAUUCAGUGUUGGAGUUGGUGUUGGUGUUAACAGAACCAGUCAUUGAUUCAGUGUUGGUGUUAGUGUUGGUGUUAACAGAACCAGUCAUUGAUUCAGUGUUGGUGUUGGUGUUGGUG